AUGCAUGCAAAAAUCAUUAUAUUGUUAUCACUACAAGUAACUGUCCUUGCUGAAGAAAAGCCAUUUUUGGAUUUGAAGAAAGUAAUUCGGGGUGCUCUUGAUGUUGUAGCAGCAGUACCAACUUCGCCAUCAGCAAAUUACGAUCUCGGUGAUGCAUCACAAGUGACCACUUCAAGUGGUAUCCAAGGAAUUGAUCCGAUUAUUCGUGAAAGACUUUCAAGACUUUUUCAUAUUCCACCGGAUUUUGUUCAUCGAUUAGCAGCCCAAGCUGGCUUUAUUGAUUAUGAUCCAACAACAACUAAACCAUUCCCCAAUUACUGCAAUUUUAUAAACUCGUCACAAAUCAUUACAAAUCAUACUGUUUCCGAACAGCAAGCUGCCAUCUUACAAUCUGAACAACAAGCUGUUAUUUUUCAACCGGUAAUAAAAGAUGGUCAUUUAUAUUAUCAACCAUUUGGUGUUUUACCGCAAGGUGGUCAACCAAAGAUGAUUAUUUAUGGUGGACGAUUAUACAUUGCUACACCAUUGCCAAGCGAAAUACAUGCGCAAGAAGUAAUAUUGGGUGACGAUGAUAUGGUUAUGCAAAAUUCAAGCGAAAUGACUGAUAAAAACAGAAAAGAUGACAAAAUGUUAGAUGUAUCAAAUGAACCAAAUGAAGAAACGCAUUAUCGUCGUAUUUAUGCGCAACAUAUGAAAGCUGCAGAAGAUGCGCAAAUUCAAACUGCUAAACUUCGACAAGUCAUUGUACCAAAUGCUUCAUCGAUCGAAAUUCUUGAAAUUGAAAGUAAAGCGAGGACAUCUUCGCCUUAUCGCAAAAUGUACAAUAAAGAACUUGAAAGUUAUGAUGCACUGCCUCAAUUUGAUUCACAAAAUAAACCGGAAGAAAUUAAUGCUAAUUUGACACAAGAAGAUAUGAUCGAAAAUGAUCAACAUGAAGUGAUCAAUUUUCAAAUGACAACAUCAAUGACACCAUACAAUCAGAAUUUUAAACAAUAUGAAGAAAUCGACAAUAUAGCAACUGAUAGAGGAAUAAUUGAAGAGAGUGAUGAGCAAACGAUGACAAGUACCCAGCAAACUGAUAAAUUUCUAACUGAAAAACUUUCUCAGGAAAGUAAUGAAAAAGAUGGAAAUACGGAAUUUAUGAAUGAGGAUCAAAAAAUGAAACGAAUUUUAGCAUUGAGACGUAAAAUGGCUGCUGAUAGAAAAAAAUUUGCAGAACGGAAACGAUUACUAUCAUCAAUGAAACGGAAAGUGAAUAAGGAAGAAGAUACGAAGAGAGAAAUAUUUCGUCGUGACUGUUACAACAUUCGAUCAUUGGCACAACAAUUUGGCUUCACAGAUCUUAAGCAAUAUGUAAUAUCCAAUUGUGCAUUUAUUGAAAAUUAUUAUCCGGAAUUUAAAUGUGAGGAAGCUGAAGUUUCUGUUAAUAAGUGUGAACAACUAUUUUGA